AUGAAUCUGAUCGAGUAUCUACUGGGUCUGCUAGCUUGGGACUGUCUACGGUCAGGUCAGGCGUGGGCUUUUCGCUUGGAGGCGGAACAGUCCCGUACUGCAGGGCCGUGGCUGUAUUUGCUGGCCUAUCCGACGGCCCUACAACAGGUCGGUGGUGUUGGUGCCCUGCCCGGGAUUCCCAUUAGGAGCCCGCAAGACGAGACGCCACUCAGCAGCUCCACCCGAGCGCCCCUCCUGUCCGAAGAAGAGCCGAGCUCGCAAAACAUUCUGAUACGCGAGCAGUUUCUGCAAGGAAUUCUGCAGGGCCUCCAACAGUCCGCCGGCGGUGCUAGCGGAAACAGUAUUUCCCCCGCUCUGCUGGCAGACUUUCUUUCUCAAGCCAGCAUCACCAGCACGAGCACCACACGGAGCCCAUCGGUUGAGAAAUAUGCCAACGAAGCGGACAGUGAUGAGAAUUAUGACUACAUAGACUUCAAGAAUGGUUCCCGCAUCAAAUUUGACCUGGAGGUGGAGCAGAAGCCGGCGAAUAAGAUUAUACAGCAGACCACCACGCGUCCAGUGGCGGUGGAUCGUGCCCAACCCCAGCAAUACCUCUACUAUAGACCCUACACCACGUAUUACCACCGAGUUGGCUGA